UCACGCAAAAACACGUGGCGAAUACGGCCAUUCAGACAUUAAAAAAAGAAAGAAAACAGAAGAAAAUGAGCGGUUGAGUUGAAAUAGCCGGCGCGUACUUUGUCAACGUAACGCGCGUGGUGUGUUUUCGCUUCUCUCGACGUUGUGAUCUGAGAGUUGCGGUAAAGAGAUCGUGAUCGGGUAGUAAUGGUGAAGGAGACGGAGUAUUACGAUGUCCUCGGCGUUAGCCCCACCGCCACGGAGGCUCAGAUUAAGAAAGCUUACUACAUCAAGGCACGUCAAGUACAUCCAGAUAAGAACCCCAAUGAUCCUCAGGCUGCUCAUAAUUUUCAGGUGUUGGGAGAGGCCUACCAAGUGCUGAGCGAUCCAGGACAACGUCAGGCCUAUGACACAAUUGGGAAGGCAGGGAUUUCAACUGAGAUCAUUGAUCCCGCGGCAAUAUUUGCUAUGCUUUUUGGGAGUGAACUUUUUGAAGAAUACAUAGGGCAGCUUGCUAUGGCAUCAAUGGCUUCACUUGAUAUCCUCUCUGAAGGGGAUCAGAUUGAUACUAAAAAGAUCAUUGAAAAAAUGAGGGCUGUUCAGAAAGACAGAGAAGACAAGCUUGCUCAGAUUCUUAAGGACCGCCUCAACCUAUAUGUGACGAACAAAGACGAAUUUAUCAGCAAUGCUGAAGCUGAAGUAACAAGACUCUCAAAUGCAGCAUACGGUGUGGAAAUGCUGAACACAAUCGGAUAUAUAUAUGUAAGACAAGCGGCGAAAGAGCUGGGGAAGAAAGCUAUAUAUCUCGGUGUACCAUUUGUUGCUGAAUGGUUUAGGACGAAAGGUCACUUCAUCAAAUCCCAAGUAACAGCUGCAACAGGCGCAUAUGCUUUAUUCCAGCUGCAAGAGGAAAUGAAAAGGCAGCUAAGUGCUGAAGGCAACUAUACUGAGAAGGAACUUGAAGAGUACAUGCAGUCCCAUAAGAAAGUGAUGAUUGAUUCAUUGUGGAAACUCAAUGUCGCUGAUAUUGAAAACACUCUCUCCCGUGUUUGUGAGCUGGUUCUUCAAGAUCCGACUGCCAAGAGAGAAGAGCUUCGUGCAAGGGCAAAGGGAUUAAAAACUUUGGGGAAGAUCUUCCAGAAGAACAAGUUGACCAGUGAGAGUGAUCCUUUAGUAAGAGCCGAGCUUCAUAAAAUAAACGGAAAUGGGCAAGACCGUGAUGCAUCCACAUCACCAAACUCCGAUGAAGCAUCUCAUUCUACAUUUGGGCCUCAGGAACCGCAAAGCCCUUAUGUGGAAGCACCGAGGGUUGGAGUUGAGCAGUUCGACCAUUACUUCCCAAGGCCAGCGCCGCCUCCGGGAGCUCAGAGACACUCUUAAAACUUGCAAAAGAAUGAUUCAGAUAAAAGAGAUUACGAGAGGUAAUCUCCCUUUUGUGCUAUAUAUAUAAUAUUUACAAAUUUCAAACCAUUAUUUAUGCAUUUUGAUGUACUAUUUGCAAGUCGGUGGUGAAAUCAUUAUGUAAUUUGGUUAUUUGUUAGUAGACGAAAUGAUUGGAGGUUUGAAAAGCACAUGAUAUCCCAUCUUUGAGUAUGUAUAAUGGUUUUUUGUUUUUCUUUUAAAAAUAUAUCUAUGAUGAUGCAUGGA